AUGUCUACUUUUAGUCAAGAUAAGGUAAAGUCAACGGUCUAUGAAGCGGAUGUUGAGGACUGUGAUAUUGAUAAGGUAAAGUCGACGGUCUAUGAAGCAGAUGUUGAAGACUGUGAUAUUGAUAAGGUAAAGUCGACGGUCUAUGAAGCAGAUGUCGAAAACUGUGAUAUUCGAAGCGCAGAAGAAACCGUGGGGCAGGGUGUUCUUCACAACGAUAGAACAAAACUUAAGCAAGGGCUGAAGGAGCGUCAUAUUAAAAUGUUGACACUUGUCGGUGUCUUUGGUACAGGUCUGUUUUUGUCUUCAGGUGGUACACUAAAAAAAACGGGGCCUGUCGGUUUGCUAAUUGCGUAUCUGUUUGUUGGUAUUGUGGUAGGUUGCAAUCAAAUUGCUAUUGCUGAAGUAGCCUCUUUUAUGCCUGCCACUGGCGCAACCAUUAGACACGCAGAGCAGUUUAUCGAUGAAUCAGUUGGUUUCACAUUUGGUUGGAUUUCUACAUACUCUUCUUUGAUGCCUGGUGAGUUAUCGGCCACAGCAGUUAUAAUGAGGUAUUGGACAGAUAUAAGCCCUGCCGUUUUCAUAACUAUAUUCGGUGUUCUUUUUGUGGUGACCAACAUUUACACAAUUCGAUUUUACGGUGAAGUCGAGUACGUAUUUGGGUGGCUGAAGCUUAUUCUUAUACUCAUACUAAUAAUAUCAGGUUUGGUCAUUGACCUGGGUGGAACAAAGGGUCAAAAGAGACUGGGAUUCCACUACUGGAAGGAUCCCGGUCCUUUUGCAAAUUACCUAGUGGGCGGUAGUAUAGGUAAAUUUGUGGGCUUUUGGUCUGCCAUUUCUUCUGUGGUCUACUCUUACUCAGGUAUUCAAAAUAUCGCAAUUCUUGCUGGUGAAACCAAAAACAGCAGACACGCAAUUUACCACGGUGCUAAAAAUGUCUUUUGGCGUAUUAUUGUUCUAUAUUUAAUCACAGUUUUCGUGCUGACAUUGAUCGUGCCAUACAAUGACGCAUUGAUUGCCACUGGUACGGGCACCGCAAAAUCAAGUCCCUUUGUCAUUGCAAUGAACAGAGCGGGAAUCAAAGUUCUACCACACAUUGUCAAUGCCUUAGUUUUAACUUCUGCAUGGUCUGCAGGUAACCUAGCUAUUAUUGAAGGUUCAAGGAAUCUCUUCUGCCUAGCCACGAAAAACCAGGCUCCUAAAAUCUUCUUAAAGACAAGUAAGAGAGGUAUUCCAUAUGUUGGUGUCAUAUUUAUCUCCUGUUUUCUGCCAUUGGCAUACAUGUCGUGCUCAGAAUCAUCGUCAACCGUUUUUGGGUGGUUCCAAGAACUGGUAUCUUCAAACACACUGCUACGUUGGAUAUUGAUAUCGGCAAAUCAUAUUUACAUGGACAGAGCACUAAAGGCUCAGGGUUACAGCAGGUCAGAUCUGCCAUAUUCCACACCCAUUGCCCCAUAUGCUGCGUGGUUUUCUGGAAUUAUGUCGUUCAUCUUCCUCCUCACGGGUGGCUUUUACAAUUUCAUUAAUGGCCAUUUUGAUAUCGAGUCAUUUUUCACAAGAUAUUUUAUUAUUCCAUUAGCUAUUGGCCUAUUUACUUUCUGGAAGCUAUACAAAAAGACCAGAUAUCUACGUCCAGAUGAAGUUGAUCUUGCGUCUAUAUUCGAUGAUAUCAAAGAAAACCCAGAACACAUUGAAAAAGGUAAGCCAAUUUGGGCAAGACUGCUAUUAAAAAAGGUCGAAUAA